GAGGUGGGGACUGCCUUCCCCCAUGAGUAGCAGGCUGCUGAGGCCGAGCCAUCUCCUCCUCUCUUCCAUCCUGACUGCAGUCUGUGGAUCUGAUCCCACCCCUGGAGGACUCAGGAUGCUGUUGCUGCAAGCUGUUCUACUGUCACUAGUCCUGCCCAGUCGUGGUCAAGAUACUCCGACCAAAGAACCUGGAGUCCAACUUCCCCUGCCUAAGGGGGUCUGCACUGGUUGGGUGGCGGGCAUCCCAGGGCAUCCUGGCCACAAUGGGACCCCAGGGCGUGAUGGCAGAGAUGGCACGCCUGGUGAGAAGGGUGAAAAAGGAGAUGCAGGUCUUGUUGGUCCUAAGGGUGACACUGGUGAAACUGGAGUGACUGGGGUUGAAGGUCCCCGAGGCUUUCCAGGAGUCCAAGGCAGGAAAGGAGAACCUGGAGAAAGUGCCUAUGUAUACCGCUCAGCGUUCAGUGUGGGACUGGAGACCCGGGUCACUGUUCCCAAUGUUCCCAUUCGCUUUACCAAAAUCUUCUACAAUCAGCAAAACCACUAUGAUGACACCACUGGCAAAUUCCACUGCAACAUUCCUGGGCUCUACUACUUCUCCUACCACAUUACGGUCUACCUGAAAGAUAUGAAGGUCAGCCUCUACAAGAAGGACAAGGCCGUGCUCUUUACCUUUGACAAAUACCAGGACCAGGACUUGGACCAAGCCUCUGGCUCUGUGCUCCUCCAUCUGGAGAUGGGUGACCAAGUCUGGCUCCAGGUGUAUGGGGAAGGGGAGAAUAAUGGGCUCUAUGCAGAUAAUAUCAAUGACUCCACCUUCACAGGCUUCCUUCUCUACCAUGACACUAAUUAGUGACCACUUAACCAGAGCCUCCACUGGGCCAAACAACCCAGAAGUCAAAGAACAGCCCAAGGGUUUUUAGUGUAGUUAGGAGACUGAUAUUAUUAUUUAGUUGGAGAGUUCUGAACAUUAUUCAUGCAUUUACUCAUUCAUUCAUCAAGUGCCCUUUUUAAAAAGUUAUAUCGUUUAUUCUCAAUCCUAAAGGAGAUAUGUCCCCUGGCUGCAAGGAUCUGGUACAUAGUGUCAAUAGAAGGAUAACAGUAUUUACUGGGGAGCUUCACAUACAUGACAAGAUAACUGACACAGGAAAGUAUUUGACAGCACUAUUCUGUGCCCACGGUUUCUCCUCAAGUUCAUGCCAAUCCUCUGAGGUACACAGGAAAGAUAUUAUUCUCCUCUUUUUACACUUGGGGUGCUGAGAGCUAGAGAGUUAAGUGGAUGCCUGACAUCAUCCAGGUAUAAAGUGGUGGAGUUAGAAAUCACACUCGGGGCUAUGAACUUUUUCUAUUAUACCGUGUCCUUUUUUAGAAGUACUUGCCCUCCUUGGGAUGUUGGUAGAGGGCAUCUCUCAUCCAUCUUACCUGAGGGCCUUAACUCAUCAUGAGUUAAGUUUUUUUCCCAGGAGAGCUUCCUCAGAACAAGUGGUUCUAUAACCAGGUCCCAUUUCAGCUGGACCACUCAAUGGCCCCUGCACUUCUCUUUCCUCAUGCUCUUCUCUCUAAUCCAGAAAGCUACCUCCAUUUCCACAUGCUGAAAUCUUCCCUGGUCCUCAAAGCCACCUGAUCAGGAAGCUCCUCUGAUGUGAUACUCUUCCCUGCAAAUCUUUCUCACAUACUGCACCCCUGUGCUUCUUCAUGUGUUAUCCUGGAUGAGAGCCCUGGGUGUGGGAGACAUCUCAGAUCAAGGACAACUUCCCAGAAGUACCAUGUUUUCUACAUGUCUGAGUUCCCUUGCAGGUCCUUGGUCAAUGUCUCAUGAAGACCACAUCUAUUCAGAAUUAACUCCAUUUUAGCCCCUUCAUGUAACUAAUCCUUAUCAACAAAAAUAUUGUUAUUUUAGGAGCUCUCUGAUUUUAAGCACCUACUCCUUAUUCCACUGUAUAGUUUGAAUAAUUUUCACCAAGGUUAGGAAUGACUAUGCUUUCCAGAACAUUUGAAGAAUUUUUCCUUGAGGAGAUAGUUUCAGCCUGUAAUGCAAAAACCUAUGAAGGAAUUUAAAAAUCAUUCUUUCCUUGAGUACCAACUGGGUUUGGGAAGACCUGGGCCUUCUGAAUCUAUUCUAGUUUUUUAAGAAUUAUAAGAAAACACACACACA